AUGAACGUGAGAAGGCUGCUAAGAAAGGAGGUAGGAGGAAAGGAGGAGGAAGGAGCACCAGUCUGGUUAAACAGCUCCUCCAGAAAGGAUGAGUCUGCCUGGGCCUUCCGUCCAGACCAGACAGCCCCAGCUCCCCACAGCCUCCCCAGGGACAGCCUGCUGUCUGUCUGCUGCCAACAAAGGAAAAACACCCCUCCUCCUGUGAGCGGGGGGCACCAGGAGGACAGAGGAGGGGGAGAGGGGGACGCGGGGGGGUGUGGCUAUGGGGAGACGCACAGGGCUGUGUUUACUCUUCCUGUGGCCCUGGGAAGCCGAGAGAGAGAGAGAGAAGAGAGAGAGGAGAGGAGAGAGAGAGAGAGAGAGAGAGAGGAGAGAGAGAGAGAGAGAGAGAGAGAGAGAGAGAGAGAGAUCAGCUCUAGAGAUAGAUCUAGCUAUCCUACUAUCUAUUCUCGCUACGCUUCUCCUCUCUCUCUCCAGUCUCUCCUUAAGAUACGCUCUUAUGACAUUAACUCCCGGUGUUCCAGCGGGUAGUUUAAGACACCUGUCACAAAUAUAUAGUACCAUAAAAAGCCACACUGCAAACAGGGCUAGACGAUCUGUUUGCUUAUUUUAAGAAGCCUACCUAACUGGAGUUGUGGGGCUGAUGAGGAGGAGAGGCGGGACAGGGGGGAUGUGCAAGGGGGCCUUUCCUAGAAUCGGUGCGUGUCUGGAUGUGUGUGUGUCACUGGUGUGUGUACUUGCAUGAAUGUGUGUGUUUGUUUGUGUUACCUUACAGUAAGCACCCGGGCCAGCCGCUGCAUUCACACUGAAGUGGAGGAAACAAAGGCCUACCUGUGUGGAAGCCUAGGCCUUGAGUUAGGAAACUUACCUUAGUCAAUCCAGCACUGAGACUUGUUUAACUUUUACAUGCUGCUUUCAUGGUCCAAAUCCUGUCUCCAACACCUGUGCUCACUCAACAGCCUGUCUGUGUCACCACCUGACUGCGUCAAGGUUUUAUCCAAGUAUACAGUGAUUGCCAGUGCACUAAAAUGUCUCAAGACAUUUAUGUUGAAGGCCACACGGGUCUGGCAUGAAUAUGUUUCCUCUGAAACACCUGUAAGUGCUCUAAUUUGGUCUAUUUUACACGUUUGCGUGGACAGUCGACCCCUGAUGUAUGCAAUAGCUAAGGACUGUUAUAAAAGCAUGUUUUGUACCUCAGCAUACGGAUAUCUAGAGUAAGUAAAAAUGUUGUGUUUAAAUUGGGACUGGUGAACUUCUGUGAACCGAGUUUGCACUUAUCCUAUAGUGCAUUGUGCCCUUGUUAUGAGUCGACUGUAUCAGAUAUACCAAGUCUUCAUUGAGGAUCUCUUUCGAAAUCAAAGUGUUUUCCCACUCUGUUGGUCUGUACCUACAGAUGUAGGAUCUUUAAUUUGAGGCAGUCUCCUACAGCAGGAAAAUAAGGAAAUUAGAAUUAUUAUGUGUAUUAUAAUUAAUGGACAUUUUGAUGCAUUUUUCGUAAGUGGAAAUUACUAACUUUAGAAGCCUUUUUAAACCUCAAAUAUGUUUUAAAUUUCCUGCAUUGCAGGAAAGUUCUCCUGCAACAGGGUGAUCAAAUUAAGAUCUUACAUCUGUAGUUAACGUUUAUGAGUGUGAGUCUUCAGCUCCUACUCUUCUGUCCCAUUGAGGUCUCUCUGUAUAUUUUCUCUUGUCAGGAUGCGGAUCUGGUCAUGGGAACAAUGUGGGGAGACCAGCCUGGUGCUACUGGGGUUCCUCAUCCUGGCUUUGUCUGUAGGGAACCUCUCAACCAUGGGACAGGUCGCUCUCCACCGCUCUCUCUCUUCGUCUAUGCAUAUGAUGGCCCAUCUCCGGCCUCUCGCUUAUACGCACACACACACACACACACACACACACACCUCUAUCACUGACCUAAUAUCAGUACAUCAGUCACACUGUUUGUUUGUCUGUUUGUCUGUCUUUCUCUCUCUUUUUCUCUAUUUGCCAGUUGUAUCUCCCGAGUGGCGCAGUGGUCUAAGGCACUGCAUCGCAGUGCUAGGUGUACCACUAGAGAUCCUGGUUCGAAUCCAGGCUCUGUCGUAGCUGGCCGUGACCGGGAGACCCAUGGGGCGGCGCACAAUUGGCCCAGCGUCGUCCAGGGUAGGGGAGGGAAUGGCCAGCAGGGAUGUAGCUCAGUUGGUAGAGCAUGGCGUUUGCAACGCCAGGGUUGUGGGUUCGAUUCCCACGGGGGGCCAGUAUGAUUAAAAAAAAAAAAAAAUAAAUAACAAAAAAUUAUAUAUUAAAUAAAUAAAAUAAUGUAUGCACUCACUAACUGUAAGUCGCUCUGGAUAAGAGCGUCUGCUAAAUGACUAAAAUGUAAAUGUAAUGUAAAUAUUCACUCACUCACUCCCUCACUUACUCACGCACUCUUUCUCCCUCUUUCUGUCCCUCUUGUCUCCUGACUGUUCCUUCUUACAUGAGUUCUCUUAUAAAAACCCACAGCUGUUUUCUCUCACACCUUUUACAAGGGAGCACAGAAUAUAUCAUUUGUCUCCACUUCACCCAGAUUGGCAGAGUGGCUAGACAUGCUUAUAAUUAGUCACAGUGUGUAUAGGGCCCUGUUCUGCUGCUGUUCUCUAAGGGUGCUGUGUUGUGUCUAGGAGGAAGAGGCAGCCUCCAACAGUCUGGAGGAUGACCUGGAGUCCACCACAUACUGGUGGGGGGAGUGGGCCAAGUGGACUGCCUGCACCCGCACCUGUGGAGGGGGGGUCAUGUCCCAGGAGAGGCACUGUCUCAAACAGAGGUCAGUCCGCUGACAGAAAUAUUCUAUUCUAUACUGUUCUGUUCUAUUGUUAUUCUGUUAUAUUCAAUUAUAUUCUAACCUCUUAUUUUCCAUUCUAUUAUUUUCUACUCCAUAAAGUUAUUAAUUUAGCAGAUGUAUUAAAUUAAUGUAUUUUCUAUCCAAAGAAAGAAAGCAGCCGCUGGUAGAGACAACAUGACCUGCACUGGCACUUCAAAAAAAUACCUCCUCUGUAAUAACAAGGUUAGCAUGCAUCUAUUACUGCCACCACUUUUCCUGCCGUUAGCAAAAUGCAUGUUGACACAACACCCCACAACCCAAACCAUAUGAUGCAGAAGCCAAUGUCGACAGCACAGCUCUUUUUAUAAUCAAUUGAGAUACAAAUUGCUUAAAGGGGUAAUCUGCAGGUAUUACAUAUCUGGACUUAUAAAGUAAUGAUAUGUACCCAUUGAUUUUUGAGGAAUAUAACUUAUAAAUGCCUCAUGAGCUUAGUUCAACUGUCGUACCCAUCAGAACCCAAAAUAUACGAUUGUUUUACUCCAAUGUUUGUAAACAAAGUAAAUGUAAACAAACACUGUCAGCCUAUAGCCUCAAAAUGAUGAAUACUGUCAUCUAUGAAUAUAGUCUAUGAAUUUGAGUGGUUACAUUUUUCCAGCCCCAUCCCUCAGCUUUUUACACUUUGUUAUUGUUUCAACGGCGGAUUGCCCCUUUAAGGUUUAUUGCAGUGGCCAUAAACCUUGGUCCUGAAGAGCUACAGGGUGCACAGGCUUUUGUUCCAGAGUUGUCACACCCUUUUAUAACAUAUUGUAAAACAAUUAUAAAAUACAAAAUGCAUGGAACAGACAGAAGAGUGUGUGUAUAUUUUCUGUCUUGUGCAGGACUGCCCUUCCUCUGGGAGAAGCUUCAGGGAAGAGCAGUGCUGGUCGUUCAACUCACAGGUCUACAAUGGCAGGAACUACCACUGGAAACCCCUGUAUCCAGGUAAAACAAUCAUAUUAAACCGACUCAGCUCUGUGUCAUUCCCUCCUGUGUGGCCUGUCCUCGAGGCUUGUUAUUACACUGUGACCGCUGACCUUUGUGUCCAUCCAUCCAUCCACAGAUGACUAUGUCCAUAUCUCCAGUAACCCAUGUGACCUGCACUGCACCACGGCCGACGGCCAGAGACAGCUGAUGGUUCCUGCUCGGGACGGAACAUCCUGCAAGUACAGCAACUACAGAGGGGUCUGUGUGGACGGCAGAUGUGAGGUCAGGGAACGUUUGUUUCUUCAUCUGCCGAGGAAAUGGCUUUGCAUAUUCUGUGAGAAUGGCCGAAAGGCUUAUUUUCCUGGUCACAUGAUAAAAGUGUAUCAAUACUUCUUCAACUGGCUUUGCAUGUGCUGAAAUGAUUCAAGAUGAUAAUCAUCCUGUUUGUGUUAACAUCAUUUCUGCAGCCAAUCGGGUGUGAUGGAGUGCUCUUCUCACUCAAUACGCUGGAUAAGUGUGGAGUGUGUCAGGGGGAUGGCAGCAGCUGCAGCAGGGUCAAUGGAAACCUCCGCCGCGGGGCCACCAGUUUGGGUAGGAGUGUGUUCAACCUCAACCACAGACUCUGAUAGCUUGGGUGUGUGGGUGGAUGGAUGGGUGGGCAAGGAUAGAGGGUACUGAUGGAGGAGUUAUGGCUCUCGCAUCUAUUCCAAACCUUGAACACACCUAUCUGGGACAAGCCCCCCAAAUAUGUCUCUGAAAGAUAACUCUAGACAGUUUAGAGCUGAGACUGACAACAAGGUCGAUGUGAUUCUUUAGCCAACUCCUCUGAUGUUCAGGCUAUUUAGUUGCAGGUAAAAUGGAGUCAUCAUAAUGUUUCCUGUUUCCUGUCUCCAAGGUUACUCCUUUAUCACAACAAUCCCUGAGGGCUCCUGGGACAUCCAGAUCAUUGAGAGGAAGAAGUCAGCUGAUGUUUUGGGUGGGUACUUCCUGCUCCCUAUGCCAUGUAUACAAACAUUUCUAAUGUCUCCUGUUGGUACGGUGUGAUGUCAUUAGGAUCCAUAUAAUGUUAUGACAAGAGGAAGGUGCAAAACAUUUUAUUCAAGAUUUUCAGCAAAUACAAAGGAUAUUUUCUCCCCUGCAAUGGGAUAACUAUUAAUCUUGAUAGUGGGACAGUGGGAAGUUAGUAAAGGAAGUACAUUAAUCAACUGAAAUGAAUCUGAUCGUCUAUAUACUUUGAUUUCCUUCUUGAUCUCUUGAAUUGACUGUAUAGUAUUAAUUUAUGGUCAUGUAUGGGGAGUAGAAAUUCCAGUUUACAGUGAAUAUCAGAGAUAUGACCUUUCCAUAGAGUCAACCAACUGGUCCUCCUCCAAUGGUCCUCCAUCCCCUCCAGGAUAGAACAUAGUCUCAUAUCUCCCACACAGCUGUGACCGAUCAGGCGGGGAACUUCUUCUUCAAUGGAAACUACAAGGUGGACAGCCCCCAGAACUUCCAUGCGGCGGGUACCGUCUUCAAGUACCGGCGGCCCAUGGAUGUGUAUGAGACGGGGAUCGAGUACAUUGUAGCCAAAGGGCCCAUCAACCAGGCCAUCAAUGUUCUGGUACUGUAUCCGGCUGUGGUCUGCUCUGUUCCACUCCUCUCGCCGAGCAGCCAGGGCCUCUGCGUAAUCUCUAAUUUAGAAGUAGUGUACACGUAUCCAGUAACUUGCAGGUGCAGGGUACAACAUCCCAUGUCAUUUCAACAAAAAAAUUAUAUGUGAUGAGGUUUAAUCAACGUGGAAAACUGAUUGGAUUUGCAAAAAGUCAUCAACGUAAGAUAAUUUCUUAUUUUUUAUGUGCAAUUGACUGAGUUUGAUAGGAGGGAGCAGGAGGGAAUGGGUGCUAUCUGUAUCCCCCCCCCCCACCAUUUUGUCUCCUCAUAGGUGUGGAACCAGAAUGGUCUUAUCCCUUACAUCACAUACGAGUACACCAUCCUGCGGGAGUCCCUGUCCCCAGUCCCUCAACCCCCUGUCUACACCGGCCCCGACAGCACCGCCCCUGGGGUUUCCGUGGAGAUGGGCAGUAUGGGGGCCCCCAACGGGAGCACGUAUGACAAGGCGGCCCCUGAGACUCAGCAGAACCGGGUGUUGAAGAAGGGGGCCGAGAUGGCAGGGGCCGAGGGCCAGAAGGGCCAGGAGACCAACGAGGUGUAUGAGGAGACAGCAGCCAUCGACUGUGACCAGGACAGCCCAACCCCACCACAAUACACAGGUAACACCAAUAAACUAGAAACCAAUGCAUCAAUACAAUAA